AUGAGUAAUUCAUCAAUUGCUCCUUCUGCUUCAUCCUCGAAAGUGAAAGUUGCAACUGCAGCUCCUUGCGAUACUUCUUUGAAGCGGAAAAGAGGAAUGUUCCAGAAAGAUUUGCAACAUAUAAUGUAUGGAUAUGGUGAUGACGCAAAUUCGCUUCCAGAAACAGUCGCUCUUUUGGAGGACAUUGUUGUUGAGUACGUCACAGAUUUGGUUCAUAAAACGCAAGAUGUUGCAACCGAUAGAGGUAAGCUCUUGACUGAUGACUUUCUACAUAUGAUUCGCAAGGAUAUGCCAAAGCUUCACAGAUGUCAUCAAUUGUUGUCUAUGAACGAGGAGCUAAAGCAAGCUAGGAAAGCUUUCGAGGUUGACGAAGAGAAGCUUGCAUCAACAGAUUAAUAAUGGCCGAGA